AGUUUCUUAGAUGGUUAGAUCGCCGUCGCUUGUAGACAAUUUUGUUCCCUCUGUGCGUUGUGCCAAUUUUACGGUUUUCAAAUUUUAUAUUACAAAAUAAUAAUAAUAAUUGUUGGUCUUAUGUUAAAUAAGUUCACGUUUAAUUUUCCAACACUUUACCAUAAAUUUUCAAAUAAAAAUUUAAAAUAAAAAAUUUUAAUAAAAAAAACAGACAACCAAAAUAUUAAAAAUAAAGAGAAAAAUUUAAUAACAUCUUUUUUGGGGAUUGUUUAGUGCCGAUAAUCUUCGGAUCUGAAAUUUGUACCAAAUCCGAUAUAAAUUUGUUUAUGAUUUUUGACAUCACAUAUAAAUUAUUUUUUGUUAUUCACUUGUAAUUAGAUUUCGUACAUGUGCUGUGAAUGUGUUUUAAACUAAUUGCCGAGGGCGGCAACAUUUAAUUGCCAUAUUGCCCUUGCUUUUCUUUGCAUAUUUUCGGUAUUAGGUACACCAAAAAUUUAAUAAGAAAUAACCGACAAAACAAAAAAAAGAAAGAAAGAAAAAAAACAAUAAAUAAAAAUUCUGUUGUGGUGGAAGUAAACUAAAAAAUAUAUUUUUUUUGGUAUUCUCUGAUUUAUGGUGAAUCUUAUAUGUGUCGGCAUAUCAUUUUCUUGCAAAAAUUAAGGAUUACUUAACUAUUGAGUGUUUGAAGGUUCAUUACUGACCGAGGCACUAUGGACCAGCAAUUUUGUCUUCGCUGGAACAACCAUCCGACCAAUUUAACUGGUGUUUUGACCUCAUUGCUACAACGAGAAGCUUUAUGCGAUGUUACAUUGGCAUGUGAUGGAAAAACAGUUAAGGCACAUCAAACCAUUUUGUCGGCUUGCAGUCCAUAUUUCGAAACCAUAUUUCUUCAAAACUACCACCCCCAUCCUAUAAUAUACCUUAAAGAUGUCAGAUACUCAGAGAUGCGAUCACUUCUGGACUUUAUGUACAAGGGUGAGGUGAAUGUUGGCCAAAGUUGUUUGCCAACAUUUUUGAAAACAGCUGAAAGUCUACAGGUUCGAGGCUUAACAGACAACAAUAAUAUAAAUUAUCGCGCUGAUGGUGACAAAGAACGUUGUGAAGCAACCGGCGAAAAACCAAGUGUAACUAGGACUCAAUUUGAUCGUGAAUUGGAAAGAGACCGAUGCGAACUAGAUCGAGAUAGGGUCGAUCUUGAACGUGAAAGGGAUAGUAGGGAUCGACGGAGUGAUGAACAAAUGAUUUUAGAUUUGAAAGACUAUAGAGAACGGGAACGAGAUAGAGAAUUGUCUACGACACCAGUAGAUCAUUUUAGUAGUAAGCGAAAGCGCAAAAACUCAUCAUCUAACUGUGAUAAUUCGUUAACCUCAACGCAUAGCGCAAAUGUGCAGGAACGAAAUUACUCUCAGGAUACUCAGACAUCCUCCCAUAGUAGCUACAAGUCCAGUCCCAUGCCAAAAUUAAAUCCCCUUGACGGAGAAGAAAUACGAAGAAAUUCACCAGCCAAUACACCAGUUGGACUAAAUCCAACAUCAGUUAGUAUUAAACAGGAAAAACUUGACGCUGGAUUACAUCCUAAUAUGCCCGACAUAAUGACAGCCGGUAUGUCAAUGCAUCCAGAAGAUAUGUCAAAUUUGCUUUCAACACACGGUUUGUCGCUCUCCGAGAACUCGGAAAAUGAUUCCCAGCAUCAGCCACUGGAUCAUUCGGAUAAUGAUGGCAGUAAGGCCUGGCACAUGCGGCUCACAUUCGAACGCCUGUCCGGCGGCUGCAAUCUACAUCGGUGCAAAUUGUGCGGUAAAGUGGUCACCCACAUUCGCAACCAUUACCAUGUCCACUUCCCCGGCCGAUUCGAGUGUCCACUGUGCCGUGCAACAUACACCCGCAGCGAUAAUUUGCGCACCCAUUGCAAAUUCAAACAUCCCAUGUACAAUCCGGAUACGAGAAAAUUUGAAAAUCUGUUAGGACCGUCGAUUACGUCGCAUGCGGCAGUUACGGCAGCUGCUGCUGCAGCUGCAUUUAUGGCUCAAUCACAAACUGGAUCGUCUGACUGAUACAGCCAACUACUCGGAUUAUUUAUAUGUCCAAAUAUCAACAGUGAAUAAAGUUCUUAUGGAAUCUCGAAUUGUAGUAAUGUUUCAUGCAGAUGAAAUGAAAAAUUAUUAUGAUGUGAAGGUGGUUGAUAAUAUUUAAAAAAAUAAAAUAAAGAAAAAGAAGAAGACGAUUUCACAAAAAGAAAAGAAAAAUCAUGUACACGAUGAAUAGUUUCGUAUUUAAAUUCAUCAUCGAGAAAAAGAAAAGUUUUUACUAAAAAAUUAAAUUUUUUUAUUUAUAUAUUCGAUUUUUUACACGUGUUUGAGGCCUUCUAUUCAAUUAAAUGUAAGGGUAUUGAAGAGGAGAAAGCUCUUUCGUUUGUAUUUUUCCCUUUCUUGAUAAAUUCAAGUUUUAUUUUAAACUCGAAUUUAUAUUUAACAGAAAAGAAAUUAUAUUUUUGGAGUAUAGACACAUUGAUUUUUAUAGUAAAAAGAAAUAAAAAGAAAAAAUUGACGUUUGCUAAUUCGAAGAAGAGCUUUAACUUAAAUUUACAUUUUGUUCGAGGCAAAAAUUUACACUAACAUUACAAAGCCACUGUACCGAAUUAUACUUUUAUUUUUCAAUGUUUUUGAGGUUUCGAGUGUUUAAAAUGUCUACUGUCAUUUGUCCAUUGGUUUUCCUGUUAACAUGCGAGUACAUGUGAUAAAGACAGCCGGAUUAAAUAAUAAUGUGAUUUGACGUUUUAAACACUCGGAAAUGUCAAAAUUAUCGAAAAAAAAUAAUACUUCUUUUAGGUUGGCUUUAAAAUGUUAGGCAAUGUAACAAUUUUUUUUUAAGUAAGGGAAGCAGACUUAAAGUCUAUAAAGAAGGAGAAGAAAUUCGGUUUGGUAAUCCAACUUAUUACAAUAAAUAACAAAGUUAUUUAAUAGAGAUUUUAUUUAAUAGAAAAUUUAAUUAUUUUAUAAAUGUUAUACUUUUUACAUUAAUCUAUUUAAUUAAUUUUUUUUGCCAGAGAACGUUAAUUAUUAUGUAUUUUCGUAAAUAAUUAUUGUUUUUAUUAAUUUAUAAUUUAAUUAUUUUUUUGAUUGAUUUAUUCACUAUUUUACUAUUAUUAACCUGAAAGCUUUUUUUAUACAAAAACAUACACUUUAUUAUUGUACAUUUAUAUUUGUUAUUUGUUUCAUUAACUCUAUGAUUAACUUAUUUUUAUAAAUUAUAUUUUCUAUCUAGCUAAACAGAAACGUCAAGUUGUGCUUUUUUACGCGCAAAAUAUUUAAAAAAUAAAAUAAAAAGUAAAAACAACAUACAACAUAAAUAUAAUAUAUUUUUAUACAUGUAAUUAUUUUGUUGAGAAUAAUGUUUUGGAUUUUUGGAUAUAUUACAAAUUUGUAAAUCCUUUCAAUAAAACUAUACAACUUUUUGAGGCCGCCGUGUUGUCGUCGUCGUCGUCGUGAUACAAUUAUUUUGCUAUGCAUUUAAUUAAAACUAAUUUUAUAGACACAAAACGAAAAGGACUAAUUAAAUAAAAUAUAAAGUGAAAGUAACACCGAAAAAAAAUCUUCAUAAUCCACACUUCCAAGCAUCUACUCUCGACAUCAGUUCAACAUAUUGCAAUAACUAAAACGGGCAUAAAAUAACUAUAAUUGAUAAUUUAGUUUUUUUAAGGUUAAUACAAUUUUACAAUUUAUAUCUCUAGUUUUUAUUGAAUAAUUAUUUUUUUCUUUUUUGUUUUUUUUUUGUAUUUUUUUAUUAUAAGAAAGAGAAACAUUUAUUUUCUUUUUUAUAUAAUAUCAAUAUUUAAUAUCCAUACAAUUAUUCAUAUAUUACAAUUAUUGGAAAGAAAGAAAGAAAAAUAUGUCGUGUCUUCAUCGAAUGAAUUUAAAAAAUUACAAAAAUUGGGGAAGAAAAAUAUCGUCAAAUUUCGGCUAUAAGUUUAAAUUAAACUAAACAAAAUUUUUAAUAGAAAAUUUACUAAAUUUUGAAUCAAAUUUUUCGAAUGGGUGAAGAAAGUAAGAUAGAAUACUAUUUUAGAAACAGUAUUUCAUUCGGCGAAAUAAUGAUUUUAAAAUAAUAUUUUAUUGAAUCAAAAAAAAAAAACUGUGAACCAAGAUUGUGAUAGAUAGAAAAAAAUGGUAUGGUGCUAAACCCAAAAAAAUAUAAUCGAACCGAACGUGCAAUAUUACUAGUUGUUUAAUUUUUUUGAAAUAAUAAUGCAUUAAAAAGUACUAUUAUUAAAGUGAAAAAAAAAAAAACGAAAAUAAAUAAAUAAAAAAAUAAUAGAAAGAAAACGAAGA